ACAAAAUGAAAAAAGGCGUUGCUUUAGUCAUUCAAGAGUAAAAUGAAACGGAGGACAAGAAAUACGGCCACACGAAGACACCGUAUAUAUUGAUUCGCUUCGGGUUGAACGGAAUCGCUCCGAAUAUCUGCGAGUGUAAACUGACUGCACCUUACAGACCUGCAAGUGUUCGGGUUUAAGACCUGUUUAAGGACCUGUCUCAUGAAGAGACAACCGAAGGAAUUAUAAUAAGCCGUCUGGCAUUGUCUCUAUCUUUUCUCUUUCUCCUAAAAUUCAGCAUAAUGAUGCGUAAGUUCAGUUCAGAGGGUGCGUUGUUGGAUCUUGACUUCUCGCCAUGGAGCAUGGAGAACGGAGAUGUGACCCCAGGCACCUCGGAUGAUGAGAUGGAUGUAGCCCCAACAUCCUAUUCUUGCACCCCAGAUGCAAAGUCAGGGGGUGGAGGCCAAAGCGGGAAGUCACACCUCAACAGAGAUCACAGCAGUAGUGUUGAACAUGUUGCCGGCGUGGAGAAGAACUCUGGUUUCUUGAAAGUUACGAAUCUGAAUGACAGCUUUAAAGCUUACAGUGACAGUCAGCUUGCCCAGAAUGCCACUGGCAGCUCUGAGAGUAUGGGAAAGUGUGACAACUCACCCCACUCUUCAUCAUCCACACUAAAAUCUGGUAAUUUUUCCAUUUCUCCAAGACAACAUUCUCACCGGCUACAAGCUCGGGCCAAAUUAACAGCUGCUAAAUUGCACCUAAAAAGUUUGUUUGGACAGGGUUCACCACAGUCCUCGCAUUCAAAUCUAACCAGUGCAGAACACAGAGAGACUGUAAGCAGUGCAAAAGAGAGGCGUUCUCGAAUGCCUAUCCUGAGGCAGUGGAGUCAGGUGGGCCAUAGCAAAGCUCAACUCAGCAAGACAGAGAUUGAAAGUUGGGCCAAGUCCCUUGAUGCUUUGCUGGAUAGCAGAGUGGGAGUUACAGUCUUUGAAGCAUUCCUGCGAUCCGAGUUCAGCGAGGAAAACCUGCAGUUCUACACAGCCUGUGAGCAGUACAGACAAUCAUCCAAUAAAUUCAGCCUGCAGAGGCGGGCAAAAGCAAUAACUGAGAUGUACAUCCAGGCUGGUGCUCCCAGAGAGGUAAAUCUGGACAGUAAGACAAAAGAGCUGACCCUAGAGCUCCUAAAAGCCCCAUCUCACACCUCUCUGUCCCACGCACAAAAGCGCAUCUAUUGCCUCCUGGAAAUGGACUGUUAUCCCCGUUUCCUCCAGUCUGAGGUCUAUCUCACACUACUGAGGUAUUCAUGCCAGGACAAGACUGGAUGGAGUGUCAAAUAA